AAAUAAACCAUGGGGAAGAAAAUCUUGGAUAAGAAACAACAAGAAGUUGGGAAGGACAAGAACUUGCCUGAUAAAGGCUUCACAAAAAGGUUAUCUGCAUUAAAGUUUAAUAAUUUCAACCAGAAGAUUGACAAGGAAAAGAGCAAUCCCAGAUGGGAACCAGUCUUCAUCUCUAAAAGAAAGCUUGGCAUUAGUAAUCUAAAUCAAGUACGGCAGAAAUUAAAGGCAAACCCUUCUUGGAUGGAUACAUUCAAGAUUUCGAAUAGAAACUGGGCAAAUUGAGGUUGCAUUUCUCGAGUUUACAGGAGUUUUAAAUAAAUUCAUUGUCUGCAGAAGGAGGAAUGGAGAUAAAAACAAAGGUUGGGGUCUCAACGUCUCCUUCAAAAGUCCGCUAAUAAGCAACCUCUACUCUAUUGAGUAUAACAGAAGAGAUUCAAGGGAGAUUAAUAUGCUAAAGGAAAAUAAUUUGCAGGUCGAGAACAAGUGCAAAGAAAUCCAGGAGAAUAGCGAAAAAUUUAAAUAUACUCCUAAAAUUACAAGUUAUGAUAGAAGCGAAGAGGAUAAAGACCAAAUAGAGCUUCAAAAGGCUAUGAGUGAUAGUGAUAUUAAAAUUGGGUCAAUGAAGAAGGAGCAUAGGGAGAAAAGAACAAUCUCUGUUCCUAUUGAUCACAAUAGUUACAGUCAAUUAGGAUGUACUCCUUCUCUAAUAAAUCAACAUGAGCAAUUCUGAACACGACAAUCAGAAGAGAUAGAGGAAAAAUCAUAUCAUAGCAAUAGAAAUGGGAAAGUAGAGGGUGAAGAUUUUUCAGUAGAAUCUCCAUAUUUUCCAACACAAAUGGAGAAAAGUUUCCCUGCUCAAAAGCAUAGCCGUAGUAGAAAGUCUUGAAAGAAGCCAAGACCCAAGAAGGAUUAUAGCAAUCCCGAUUAUUUAAGAUAUAAGAUGAAGAAGUACCUCGAGCAGCAGAAGCACAAUAGGAAGCAUAAUACACAUAGAAGUGAGGAAGAGCUUGAAAUUAUGUCCCUGCUAUUUCUUGAGAAAUCCUUAAAGGAAGUUCUGGAUUAAA